GGGCGCCCGCGGUGGGCGAGCUCCCAGCCGUUUCCUAGGAGACGAAACACACACGACGCCGAGCUUCGCUGGGGAGCUGGCAAGCGUGUUCAUAAGAAGGGAGUGGUGUUCCUUUGCUGGACUCUGGCUGCCGCGUGUCAUGAGCCUGCACAGCUCGAGGACGGGCCUGUACUUAAUGAUGACAGACCUGUCACCAGUAUAGCAGCAGCACAGCAGGGGCAAAGGCAAGCAAACGAAGGAGUGUGUGCGUUCCUGGCCCAGAAGGAAGGUGGCCCUCUUCUGCCAUGAACCGCUACACCACCAUGCGGCAGCUGGGCGACGGCACCUAUGGGAGCGUGCUGAUGGGCAAAAGCAAUGAGUCGGGAGAGCUGGUGGCCAUCAAGAGGAUGAAGAGAAAGUUCUAUUCUUGGGAUGAAUGCAUGAACUUGAGAGAAGUUAAGUCUCUGAAGAAACUUAAUCAUGUCAACGUGAUUAAACUGAAAGAAGUUAUCAGAGAAAAUAACCAUCUUUAUUUUAUAUUUGAGUAUAUGAAAGAAAAUCUCUAUCAGUUAAUGAAAGACAGAAACAAACUGUUCCCGGAGUCAGUUAUCAGAAACAUUAUGUAUCAAAUACUUCAAGGGCUGGCGUUCAUCCACAAGCACGGCUUUUUUCACAGGGACAUGAAACCAGAAAACUUGCUUUGUAUGGGUCCUGAGCUUGUGAAAAUUGCAGAUUUUGGACUUGCAAGAGAAUUAAGGUCACAGCCACCAUAUACUGAUUAUGUAUCUACCAGGUGGUAUCGCGCUCCUGAAGUUCUGUUAAGGUCCUCAGUGUACAGCUCUCCCAUUGACGUGUGGGCCGUGGGAAGUAUAAUGGCCGAGCUGUAUACCCUGCGGCCGCUGUUCCCAGGCACGAGCGAGGUUGAUGAAAUCUUUAAAAUCUGCCAAGUUUUAGGGACUCCCAAGAAAAGUGACUGGCCAGAAGGCUACCAGCUUGCGUCUUCCAUGAAUUUCCGGUUUCCCCAGUGUGUUCCCAUCAAUUUAAAAACUCUUAUUCCCAACGCCAGUAGUGAAGCUAUUCACCUGAUGACUGAAAUGCUGAACUGGGAUCCGAAGAAACGACCCACAGCAAGCCAGGCGCUGAAACACCCGUAUUUCCAAGUUGGUCAGGUGCUAGGACCUUCCUUGAAUCAUCUGGAAUCCAAACAGUCUUUAAAUAAGCAACUGCAGCCAGUAGAAUCAAAGCCAUCUUCAGCUGAACUAGAACCUAGGACGCUGCUGCCAGAUGUCAUCGACCAGACUGUCGGGCCAUCCCUCCCGAAACACAGCCACCAGCCUCUGCAGUCCAUCCAGCUGGUGCAGAAUGUGGGCACCCCGCCGGCCCCAAAGCAGCAGGCUCAGCAGAAACCCCCGCACACCCUGUUUCCGAGCAUCGUCAAAAACGUGCCUGCUAAGCCGGUCGGCGCCGUGGGCCAUAAAACUGGGAGGCGACGCUGGGGUCAGACUGUCUUCAAGUCUGGAGACGGCUGGGAAGAGUUUGAGGACGGGGACUUCGGAGCCUCCCACUCCAAGAAGCCAAGCAUUGGUGUUUUCAAAGAAAAGAGGAAAAAAGAGCCUCCAUUUCGGCUUCCGGAGUCAGGGCUCCUAGGCGCCCACCAGCCUGCCAGGGAAAACAAGAGCAUGCCUGCUGCUGUCUCGCUCAAGUCGGACUCGGAGUUGUCGGCCGCGUCGGCAUCGAAGCAGUACUACCUGAAGCAGGCACGGUACCUCCCAGGUGUAAAUCCCAAGCAUGUGUCCCUCAGAGCCAGCGGGAAGGACAUCAACUCGUAUGCUUGGAAUAACCAGCUAUUUCCUAAGUCCCUGGGACCUGUGGGUGCAGAAGGUGCUUUCAAAAGGAAUAACGCAGAGGAAAGCAUAAUAAAACCAAUUGAAAAACUAUCAUGCAAUGAAAGUUUUCCUGAGCCGUUAGAGGCCCUUCCAGGAAAUCUUGGAAGUUACACUACUUACAACCAGUCAGGAUAUAUCCCUUCCUUUCUCAAAAAAGAAGUUGGGUCAGCCGGCCAGAGGAUCCACUUGGCGCCCCUCGGGGGGACUUCAGAAUUCACCUGGAGCACGAAGCCCGGUCAGGGACAGUUCGCAGGAGCCACAUACAGCCCCAGCACCAAAACCCUUCCCGUCGUGACGGGUGCCCAGCCGGUGUCCUCAGUGCCUGGGAGGACUGACUGGGCGGCCAAGUAUGGAGGCCACCGCUAGGCCAGGACCUCACCAGGACAACAGAGGCCUCUGCGGAGAGGAGCUCGGCCCUGGCCAGGCGGCCUCCACGCUCCACGCCACUGAUCUCGGGGAAACAGCGCAGCAGCGGGCACCUGGCCGAGCACAGAGCACCUCCUAUUUUCUUUCUUCCCUAGAAAUGAAACGUGUUCUCCUAGCACCGUGGCCCACAGUGCUGAGACACGAGUAGGACUUCACAAAGUAUUGAAUAAACUAUUUGCCAAAGUAUCAAGUAUUUGAUCGACCACGUAACAGGUACAAAGUACAAUAAGAAGCUUUAUUUAAAAGCCUCCAGAAAGUGUCGAGAAUGUUUGUUUUCGUUUGUUACAUCCUG